ACACAGGGGAAAAUGCAGCAAGAUCGCCGAAUAGUGGGGCUGCAGCCUAUAAUCGCACGCUACUUCACUCUACAUCACUCGUCUGUGCUGCCAGGCCAGGCCUGCGGAUCGCUCGUGGAGGCGGGAAGCUGUGUUCGAGUGUUCGAGAAAGCUUGAUACAUACUGGGAGGUAGGUAUGCAUAUGUAUGACGUUGCCAGUGGGUGGCAGUGCAACGCGUCGGCGGCAUUUCUCGCCGGCGGUUUGGUACUGGUGGCGUACGCCAUGCGGUCGAUCACGACUCCAUGUUAUGUCACUCGGCGCAAAUUUUGGCGACCGAGUAUGAUAGGUAGCACAGACGAACAGCAUCGUCGGACUCACCAGCCGUCGAGGCGAUACGAUGGUGGUACUUUACUGUACUGUCGUGGGCUGACACGACGGUCAUGGCUGCUACUGAUUGAAUCUAGAAACAGCGAAACACUAGAAGAAUACCAGACGAACACCGAGUGUCUAUUUCAAGUAUCUACGAGCAAGAUUUCAUUGGCUCAUUGGUCUGGAAGAAGAAAGAAGCGGUACUCCUUGCAAGUUGCAGGCGAAGAAAGUUCAGGCCGAUUCCAGAAAUCACCGAAUUGCCAUACCUACCGUAUCAUGUUUAUUUCGACAAGCCAACAGCAAACGCAUCGAUGACGAAAAACAGACAACAGGAAAAACAAAAACCAUAUGUGAAGAAGCCAGACCAUUCUUUGCU